AUGCGGGACCCGCGGGGCGCCGUCAGUUCCUGCAGCAGCAGCCGCCGCCGGCCUGCAGCAGCAGACGCCGCCGCCCUGCAGCAGCAGCCGCCGCCAGGCCUGCAGCAACAGACGCCGCCGCCCUGCAGCAGCAGCCGCCGCCAGGCCUGCAGCAGCAGCUGCCGCCAGGGUCUGCAGCAGCAGCCGCCGCCAGAGCCUGCAGCAGCAGCCGCCGCCAGAGCCUGCAGCAGCAGACGCCGCCAGGCCUGCAGCAACAGACGCCGCCGCCCUGCAGCAGCAGCCGCCGCCAGGCCUGCAGCAGCAGCCGCCAGGCCUGCAGCAGCAGCCGCCGCCAGAGCCUGCAGCAGCAGCCGCCGCCAGAGUCUGCAGCAGCAGCCGCCGCCAGAGCCUGCAGCAGCAGCCGCCGCCAGCGCCUGCAGCAGCUGCCGCCCCUGGACCCGGUACGCUCUGUGCUGCCCUGUGCUGCCCGUGCUUGUGCUGCCUGUGCCUGUGCUGCCCGUGCCUGUGCUGCCCGUGCCUGUGCUGCCCGUGCCUGUGCUGCCCGUGCCUGUGCUGCCCGUGCCUGUGCUGCCCGUGCCUGUGCUGCCCGUGCCUGUGCUGCCCGUGCCUGUGCUGCCCGUGCCUGUUGCUGCCCGUGCCUGUGCUGCCCGUGCCUGUUGCUGCCCGUGCCUGUGCUGCCCGUGCCUGUGCUGCCCGUGCCUGUGCUGCCCGUGCCUGUUGCUGCCCGUGCCUGUGCUGCCCGUGCCUGUGCUGCCCGUGCCUGUGCUGCCCGUGCCUGUUGCUGCCCGUGCCUGUUGCUGCCCGUGCCUGUGCUGCCCGUGCCUGUGCUGCCCGUGCCUGUUGCUGCCCGUGCCUGUGCUGCCCGUGCCUGUUGCUGCCCGUGCCUGUGCUGCCCGUGCCUGUGCUGCCCGUGCCUGUGCUGCCCGUGCCUGUGCUGCCCGUGCCUGUGCUGCCCGUGCCUGUGCUGCCCGUGCCUGUGCUGCCCGUGCCUGUUGCUGCCCGUGCCUGUUGCUGCCCGUGCCUGUGCUGCCCGUGCCUGUGCUGCCCGUGCCUGUGCUGCCCGUGCCUGUUGCUGCCCGUGCCUGUGCUGCCCGUGCCUGUGCUGCCCGUGCCUGUUGCUGCCCGUGCCUGUGCUGCCCGUGCCUGUGCUGCCCGUGCCUGUUGCUGCCCGUGCCUGUGCUGCCCGUGCCUGUUGCUGCGCGUGCCUGUGCUGCCCGUGCCUGUGCUGCCUGUGCCUGUGCUGCCCGUGCCUGUGCUGCCCGUGCCUGUUGCUGCCCGUGCCUGUGCUGCCCGUGCCUGUGCUGCCCGUGCCUGUUGCUGCCCGUGCCUAGUGCGCUCUGCUACUGUCUGCGCCCCCGUUUCCGGCUUUGCUCAUAA